AGCUUUUCUAUGAAUCCUCCAGGAAGCAUUUUGCAGCAGGUUGUACUCCAUCAUGCACUGUAGUAAAUGCACAUUAACACCCCAUACUAGUGUAUUAUGACCUCCCUUUAUGUUCCACAUGAAAGGAGUGAACAGGGAUUAUUCACAUGUUUGAGUGUCACAGGGGCUUUGGAAAGAACAACACUUCAAGCUGGAAAUGGAGGAAAGAAGGAUAGGCUGAAAAAGUGGAAGAGUCAGAACUGUAAAACUGUACAAUGUGCAGAGUUUUACCUGAAGAUGUUUUAUGUCAUUAACAAACAUCUGGUUGAUACCGUAUUAAACAAGGAAUUCAUCUGACAAGGGAUAAACACCUUGGAUUCCUCUGAUAAAGGGGAAGUCAGCCAGGCAGACUCUGGAGGAGAAGGGUCUGUAUGAAGAGUACAAGAGGAAGUAUCGCUACAACCCCAGAGCCAAGUUUAACAACAGGGCGGGUGGUGCCAUGGUGCCCAUGAUCUACUAUCCAGAGUCGACAUACUACGGAGUCAUCGCCAUCGGUACUCCCCCUCAGUCGUUCAAGGUUCUCUUUGACACGGGAUCUGCUGACCUGUGGGUGCCCUCUGUCCAUUGCAGAAGCAGCAGCCAGGCCUGCAACAACCAUGCCAGGUUCAACACUACAGCAUCCUCCACAUUCCAGCCCAGCUCAGAGACUUUCUCCAUCCAAUAUGUCACUGGUUACAUGACAGGGGAUGUGGGAUAUGACACCGUAACAUUCGGUGACUUGUAUGUGACACACCAGAUCUUUGGCCUGAGUCUGGUGGAGGAUGCUUUCCUGGAUAACUUACCAUGGGAUGGGAUUCUGGGCCUGGCCUUCCCCAACCAGCAGUCAAUUAACGGAGGUACUCCUGUAUUUGACAACAUUUGGAAACAAGGAAAGAUCCCUCAAGACCUGUUCUCCAUCUAUCUGACCAGCUCUGUAGAUGGCAGUAUGUUAAUCCUGGGAGGAACUGACCCCUCCUACUUCACAGGAAGCAUCCAAUGGAUUCCCAUCUCUCAACCUACUGGCUACUGGCAGAUUAAUGUAGACAGUAUUACUAUCAAUGGGAAUACUGUGGCGUGUGCAGCGGGCUGCCAAGCUGUAGUAGACUCUGGCACCACUGAGAUCCUAGGGCCUACCAGGGACGUCAAUAACAUCAAUGGCUGGGUGGGAGCCUACAGCGAAGAGGGUCUUGUGAGUUGCAGUAACAUAAAGCGCAUGCCUGAGAUUAUCUUCAACAUCAAUGGAUUCGGCUUCACUCUCCCAGCAUCAACCUAUGUUUUCUCAUAUGGCUCCAGCUGUACUACUGGUUUUGGCACCUGGGACAAUGAUCAGUGGAUUCUGGGUGAGGUCUUCAUGAGGCAGUUCUACACUGUCUUCAACAGAGAACAGAACUGGGUGGGCUUGGCCCAGGCUAAAAAGAGUCCAGAGUCAGACUGACACUGACAACCCUGCUGAUGCCCUGACACCAUACCCGUCUGCAUCUCAGACUGAGAGAGAUUUGCCAGCCCAACCAUCUUCACUCCACUUCUGUUUACAUCUGAAGUGAACAACAGACAGGGGUAAUGGAAAAUGAAAAAAUCUCCACUACUAUGCAAUUGUUCCAAUUAUGCAAAUAAAACAAAGUUAACCUGUA